CAGCUUGUCUUCUGUUCCAUUUGUGGUUUCAUUUCCUCUGCAAACGAUUUCCAUUUUUUCUGCACGCCGUCAGCUGAUCCUUUUCGCCGUAGUAUCCCCGAGCAAAAGAGAAAACCCUUUUUUUUGUGCGCUGUGCUGUUUCGCCAUCUCUGUUCGUCCCACCGAGGCACCGACUCAAUCCCCAUUCUUGGCAUCUGGCUUCACAAAACAAGACCGGUUCCCGUUCCCUAGAUCUCUGCGUAGAGGCGGCGGCGAGGCACCUGAAUCCGGCAAAAAAGGGUUCGCGGUUUGGUUGGGAGGAGCGCAGGAGCCCGGCGUCAAAACCCAAUCUUGGCGCCCGGGCUGCCGUGCGCCAUCGUCUUCUCCCUGUGGUGUUUAGGGAGAGGAGAAGGCCGGUGGAGAUGGUGCCGUGGGAAGGGUACGUCAGCGACGAGACGAUGGGCACCUUCUCGCCCAUCGUGCUCUACUGGCUGUACGCCGGCGGCUACCAGCUGAUCCUUCACCGCCGGCCGCUUGAGCGGUACAGGCUCCACACGCGGGACGAGGAGGAGGAGAAGAACCUCGUCAGCCUCUCCACCGUCGUCCGUGGCGUACUCCUGCAGCAGCUCGUGCAGGCCAUCGUCGCGAUGAUUUUGUUCAUGGUGACUUCUGAUAGCUCAAUAACUGUUGUUCAGCCACCUAUCGUCGUCCAGAUCUUCCAGUUUCUAGUUGCAAUGUUAGUGAUGGACUCAUGGCAGUACUUUGUGCACCGCUACAUGCACCAAAACAAGUUCCUGUAUCGGCACAUCCACUCGCAGCACCAUCGGCUGAUUGUCCCUUACGCUAUCGGGGCUCUGUACAACCACCCACUGGAGGGCCUGCUUCUGGACACCUUAGGAGGCGCCAUCUCCUUCUUGGUCUCCGGCAUGACGCCGAGGACCGCCAUGUUCUUCUUCUGCUUCGCAGUCCUCAAGACGGUCGACGAUCACUGCGGGCUUUGGCUACCGUAUAACAUCUUCCAGCACCUGUUUCAGAACAACACCGCCUAUCACGACAUCCACCACCAGCUGCAAGGAACCAAAUACAACUACUCCCAGCCAUUCUUCUCGAUCUGGGACAGAAUGCUAGGAACCCACAUGCCGUACGACUUAGUGAGCAGGAAAGAAGGUGGAUUUGAAGCAAGGCCGUCGCGAGACUAGCUUGAAGUCAUGGAAGUGUACAGGCUCCGGUGAAUGAGUCAGACAGAAUAUGGUUUUUUAGCUGUCAUGGUUCAUUUUUUAAAAAUUUUGUGCAGGGCUGCCAUUUACAUUGCUGUGCAGAUAGUGCAUUUGAAAAUCCACACUUCUGUAUGUACCCAGUUAUUUGUGUAAUUGAUUGAACCUCUGGUCGUGAUCGACACCUUCGGAGCAAUCUUUGGCUACUACUGAC